AUAUGUAUUUUGAACCACGGAUAUGGAAAGAAUUCGUGCUCGCCGUUUUUGCCUUUUGGUUCUUCAAGCUCGGCGGAAACUGUCAAACUCAGGACACGGAAAUCCAAACUGUACCGGAAGGACAACAAUGCGACUUCCCGCGUGCAGGGGUUCUUCGGGGUCGGCAUCGUUCUUUUCUCUGUGAUUUUCCGGCUCGUUAACUGCCUCCUGGUUCAGACCAGCUUCGUCCCGGAUGAGUACUGGCAGUCGCUCGAAGUCUCACACCGAAUGGUCUUCAAGUAUGGCUACGAGACGUGGGAGUGGAGGGAAGGGAUUCGAGGUUACUCGUACCCGCUCCUCUUCGCCGCGAUUUAUAAACUCCUCCACCUGCUGCAGUACGACACGCCUCAGCUUCUGAUCCUGUUACCUCGCGUGGUCCAGGCGCUCCUCGCCGCGCUCGCCGAUGUCAAGCUCUACGAAAUCGCUCGCAAGUGGGCGAAUCCGGACGCCAAAUGGACAUAUUUCUGUCAGCUGUGCUCGUGGUUUACAUGGUACUGCUCCACCCGCACCCUCACCAACAGCAUGGAGACCACACUCACCGUCCUGGCACUCAGCUAUUACCCACUGCAUGGCUCCAGAACACACCACAGCUGGAAAUACCUCUUACUCGUCUCCCUGGCCGUCAUCGUUCGGCCCACGGCUCUGAUCGUGUGGCUGCCGCUGUUGCUCCAUCACCUGUGGCGUGAGGAGAACAAGCUGAAGCUUAUCACCCAUCAGGGACUUCCUGUCGUGGCUGUCACGCUGGCGCUUUCCACGCUGAUAGACUGCACUUUUUAUGGACAAUGGACGUUCGUCCAGUGGAACUUCGUGAAGUUUAACGUGCUGCACAGCGUGGCAGAGUUUUACGGUACACACCCGUGGCACUGGUACCUCACUCAGGGCUUCCCGGUGGUGAUCGGCCCACACCUGCCCUUCUUCCUGCACGGCUGCACCCUCUCCGGGAAGAUGCACCGAACCCUUCUCAUGAGCAUCAUCUGGACCCUGACCAUCUACAGUUUUCUAGCACACAAAGAGUUCCGCUUCAUCUACCCCGUCUUACCCUUCUGCAUGAUCUUCUGUGGCACGUCCCUGGUGAAGCUGCGCUCCUGGAGGAAACCUGCUGCUGGAGUUCUGCUGCUUCUGAACCUGCUCCCGUCUUUGUACACCGGUCUGGUGCACCAGCGUGGAGUGCUGGACGUGAUGCCUCACCUGCAGCACCUGUGUGACCACACCAACUCUCACAGCUCUCCUGAGCCUCACGUGGUGUUCCUCAUGCCCUGCCACUCCACUCCACUCUACAGCCACCUUCACUGUCCGAUCAGACUCCGCUUCCUGGAAUGUCCCCCGGAUCUCAGGGGAGAUCCAAAUUACGUAGACGAAGCGUCUUCCUUCUAUGCGGAUCCUCUUGGCUGGCUCGGGACGUCAUACCCCAACGCGUCCACGCUUCCGUCACACGUGGUCUUAUUCCAUCCGCUUGAGAAGGAAAUGUCCGCUUUUCUGAACGGAAAUCGUUUCAUCAAGAAAUCCGACAUAUUCCACACACAUUUCCCAGAAGGACGAACGGGAAACAGGAUUUAUAUCUACGAGCGAUCGCUGGAAGCAGACCCUCAGAGCCGUCAGCAUUAAUGCACCAGUACUGUGGGGAGGGUUUUAUUGUAUUUCACUUGAAUGAUGACAUGAUGUGACCUUUCUAAUUAAAUACCUCUUUUGUAAAAAAAUUUCACAGAAUCAGUGUUUUAAUUUGUAAAUAAUUUAUUAUUAAA